AUGAGUACAAGGGGACAGUCAGGUAGGCGGAUCGAGAUCUACGGCAGAGAGUUUGCCUAUGGAGGACACCCAUAUCCAUUUUCAGGGAUAUUUGAGAUAACGCCAGGGGAUGCCACAGAACUCGGGGAGACAUUCAAAUUCAAAGAGGCCAUUGUUCUGGGCAGCACAGACUUCACAGAGGAGGAUGUGGAGCGCAUUGUGGAGGAGCUGGGGAAGGAGUACAAGGGGAAUGCCUACCACCUCAUGCACAAGAACUGUAACCACUUCUCCUCAGCCCUGUCGGAGAUCCUGUGUGGCAGGGAGAUCCCGCGCUGGGUGAACCGGCUGGCCUACUUCAGCUCCUGUGUGCCCUUCCUGCAGAGCUGCCUGCCCAAAGAGUGGCUGACCCCGGCCGCCCUGCAGUCCAGCGUCAGCCAGGAGCUCCAGGGGGAACUGGAGGAGGCAGAGGACGCCUCCGCCUCUCUGGCCUCCAUGAGCUCCAUGCCUUCCCCCUCCCUCUCCUCUCCUUCCCCCUCCAGGCUGCCCAGGGUUCCCCGACAUCAGCCCCGCCGAUAGGACUAGUCCCAGGGUUCACCAUUGCCUUCAGUGACAGGCUCUGGCAGGGCCCCCUCCACAUGGACAGGCUUACUGUACUGUACACCACUCUGCCAAUAGACACUAACCCCAAACCCAACCCACCCCCUACCUACCGCCCCUGCCUACUGCGCUCCUGAUGAGACUUGCCAUCCACCAGCGGCAUUGAAGCCCCGCCUACACUGACUUGACUGGCAGACUUGGGGUAAUGGCUACAGGCUCGGAGUACUGUUGUUUUACACGUAAAAAACAACAUUCAGAUCAUGUUUUGUGUAAUUUCUUCAUUUUCUUGGCCUUUAUUUUAUAUACUCAGGACUCUAAAAAAAUAUUUUCUAUGUUUAGCUUCUUUUGCUUUUCUAACGCUUUAGUCAUCACUCUAUAUAGCAUUUUCUAAAAUGCAUUUUUAAUCCUCUUUUGUUUACAACCUGUUUGUGUGUGUAUGUUUAUGAGUGUGUGUUUU